CGUCAAAUGUUUAAGUCCAAGGGAGGUUAGAAGUACUCGUUUAGAACCAGAAAAGCGUUUGAUUUUUUUGUUAUUUCCACUGAUUAUUAGAAAUUGGUGUCGUUCAACAUGAUGCAAGCAUUGAAAGGUAUCAGACACCUGACUUCGAGCGCGUUAAAACAAGCCGUGUCAGAGCUCUCCAUACCAGUCCCAUGGGGGGAGAUCCGAGGUAAAGUCUGGGGUCCUGAACAUGGUCGUCCUGUGUUGUGUUUACAUGGCUGGGCCGACAACUGUGGGACAUUCAACACCCUCAUUCCUCUUCUGCCCCAAGAGUGCAGAUAUGUGGCAGUGGACCUGGCAGGUCAUGGUUUCUCAUCACAUCGUCCUCCUGGAACUUUCUACUCUUUUCCCUUAUAUGUGGCAGAUGUUUGCAGAGUUGUUGAUGCUCUGCAGUGGGGGAGAUUCUCCAUCAUAGGGCACAGUAUGGGUGGUAACAUCGCUGGACUGUUCAGUGCUUUGUAUCCUGAGAUGGUUGAUGCUGUCGUUCUGCUGGAUUCCUACGGGUUCCUACCUACAGAUCCGCAAGAAGUGCCUAAAGUGAUGAGAGAAGGGAUAGAUGGCCUGAUAAAGUUUGAGAAAAGCUCAGAAGAGAAAAAGGACAGAGUUUAUACAUAUGAAAAGGCCGUUGAAAGGUUAUCAGCUGCAAACCCGACCCUUUCUGAACAGUCUGUUCACAUCCUGUUAGAACGAGGUCUACAUGAGGUUGAAGGAGGAGUUAUAUUCUCCAGAGACUUCCGUAUUAAUCUGAAAAACAUAGUGCGGAUCAGUUUGGAGCAGAGUCUGGAGAUGCAGGCGAGGAUACAAGCCUCUGUUUUAGUUCUUCUAGCAGAAGAUGGCUUUGAGAAAAUAUUUACCCAAGCGGAUCAAAAGAAAUAUACAUCAGCACUUCUACAAGGCUAUAGAGACAAAAAUCACACGGUGGUGAUGGUACCAGGCAAUCAUCACGUCCACCUGAAUAACCCAGAAGCUGUUGCUCCAUUAGUGUCGGAUUUCCUACGGACUAAAGUGUUGUCGCACUCAGACACUGAGGUUCAGGGCCCAAAACUAUAGUGCAUUUUCUCUAGCACACUGUAUCCGAUUUACACAGCAGUUUAAGUCCAAGGCCCAGUUUACACGACAACGCUUUCAGGUGAAAAUGACAACAUAUUUUAUCAGAUGUGCCUUUUGUUUAGAUGGCAACAGCGUUUUUGGGGAUUGGAAAUGCAAAAAAGUGAAACCACCUUCCAGAGUGGAAAUCUUAGAAAGACUCCAUUCUCACGUCACCAUCUAAAGGGUUGAAAACACAAAACUGCAUUUUCUCGUCUCGUAGAGUUUACAUCACAGGCAUGCACCAGUACAGGAAAACAACAUGUCAGAUUAUUUCCCUGCGAUGGACUUUCAAGUUGCCCUAGCCACUCUAAUUUACAUCCAAGAGUCAUUUCAGCAAUUGUCACAAACUUUAUAGAGAGCAGUAGACAGCAGAGAAGGCACAUUAACUACCUUCAUCAAAUUAUUGAUGCACCAAUAUACAGCGGAGGUGAACCAGACAGCUAUGGAUGAGACCUGGGUGGACUUGUCAGUGGUGGCACAACUUUGUUAAUGGAGUAGUUGAUGACCGUGCGUGGCAUAAAUAAUAAUAAUGAUAAUAAUAAUAAUAAUAAUAAUAGGAAAUUUCAUACACUUUUGCGUGUCUGUCUGUAUGCAGAUUUUCCCCCCAAAACGCAUGUCUAAACACGGAAUUAAAAGGGAGAACGCAGCGCCACUUCUGCGUUUUCGGUUCAUAUCGUUGCCGUCUAAACGUAGCCUAAUUCUAUUCAUAGGUGCUUCUUUUCAGUCUGUCCAGUUUUUAUUCAUUUUCUAUCCGUGCAUAAGGAAAACCUCUGGAGUGGAGAGACCUGAAAUAUCCCAAGGGCAAAAAACUUUGCACCACUGGAAAUGAUGGAAAUAUUAGAUUGUAAUGAAACAAAAAAAAAAACAUUGAAUGAGAAAGUGUGUGUAUGUGCCAAAAUGUUUGAUUAGUAUAGUAACUAUCUAUAUUGUAACCAUGAUGAUAUUCUCAAGCUCCCUUUUGAUGAAUUCCUGAAAAUUCUGUUUGUUUUCAAACAAGCCUAUUAACAACUGAGAACUGUUGCAUUUAUUUCUGCACUGUUUACUCUCACCUCAGUGCUUUUCACACAAUCAUCUUCUCAACCCGGAUCAUACCUCAUCUUUACAGUGAACAUUUAUUUACGAAUUUCAACAUUAAAUUUUAAGAUGCUUAUUUGUGUCUGUUGUUGCUUGAGGACAUGUGACUGUGUCCAUGUAACAUGUUUUUACACAAAGGAGUCAAACAGAUACAUUUGGAAAAUAAAUAAUAAACGAUAAGAUUGCAUGAACAGAGUAAAAGGUAUGAUGAGAAGGAGAUCAGUAAUGUGUGUUUACUUGUAUGUUCACAUGUUGGACACAUUUAUCUUAAUGCAGGCAGAGCCAUGAUGCAGAUGAGCUAAAACUUGAAGUUUAAUUCUUUGGUAUUGAAUCAAUAUAUUGAGCUGUAUUUAGAGUUUCACAGUUUCUGAUGCGCAUCAAUGAAGUAUUCAGAUUAUAAAGUACUAAGACCACACAUUACAAGUUAUCAAAACCUUUCUUAAAUAUAAAUAUGUAAAUAUUAUCAACAAAAUGUUAAGUAUAUAAACUAGACAUUCAGUCAUGAUGCUUUUGGAAAUUGAAUUUUAUUUCUGCAGUAAUGUGUGUAUUGCAUUUUACUGCUGUAGAUGUUUAAGGUUGAGCUCGUUUGUUCUAUAUUCACUGUCUGUAGUUACAUCAUCAGAGAUCAUAUAUUUGUAGCAUUGCCUUUUUUUGGCAAAUCUUUAAAAAGACAGCUUUAAUGAGCUCAGAUGGACAAUUCGCCUGAUGUCAGCUUUGUGAUGAUGAAUUUCACAUUUGUAGAUUUUGGAAAGGCUUUUUAGUCCAAUGGCCCAAAGGUUCUAUGGACUAUUGGUAUUAGUUGCCAUCCGUUUGUAAAGAAUUUUUCAAGAAACGUAUCCAAAACCAUUAGCCACAAUCAAUUGAAAUUCAUAGCAGAGGUUCCUUGGGGCAAGGUCUACCAAAUUUGUUCAAAGAAUUGAGAAAUACUGAUUUUUGAAUUUUUUUAUGAAUGUUUGAAAUGUUAAAAAUCCCUAUUGGUGUAUAAUGGAAGAAAAUUCAAAGUGCUGUAACUUCAAAACAGUUGGAGAUAUGGAUAUAAUUACUAUUGGAAAUAGGAAGUUACACAUGGGCUUUCAUUUUGUACCAUGACUUUUGACCUUGAGUGACCUUGAAAGGUCAAACAAAUGUCAAUGUCUGUAAAUAUGCUCUUGAACUACA